ACUAAAAACUUUCAAUGGGAAUGAUGAUGUUUUAUCAGGCAUUGCUGCUCUGUUCUCUCUACACUGCUCAGCUUCAGGCUUCAACUAACGAUGAAAUUGUUUCCCAUUUAAGGCAAACUGGAUCACAGGUAGGAGAUACAGGAAAUCUAUCUGAACCCCAACAACCAUUUCCACAGGACAUCAAUAAUGUGCUGAGAGAGAUGAGCGCCUCAUUGGCUGGACUACAGGUAGAGAUGAAGUAUCUACAGAGAGAUUAUGAAGCUAAAACAAGAGAACUGGAGCUGCAGAAAGAUGAACUUGACAAGCUGAAACAACAGUACCAAGCUCAAGCAGGAGAUCUGAGCAGUGUUAAAGCCAAGGCAAACAUCACUGAAGAUCAAGUGGAGGUUCUGAAGAGAGAAGGAGAAGCUAAAACGAAAGAACUGGCGCUGCAGAAGGAUGAGCUGGACAAGCUAAAACAGCAGUACCAAGCUCAGACAGAAGAACUUAUCAGUGUUAAAAGCAGAGCAAAUGUCACUGAAAACCAGGUGGAGGCUCUGAAGAAAGAAGGAGAAGCUAAAACGAGAGAACUGGCGCUGCAGAAGGAUGAGCUGGACAAGCUAAAACAGCAAUACCAAGCUCAAGCAGGAGAUCUGAGCAGGGUUGAAGAUCAAGUGGAGGUUCUGAGGAGAGAAGGAGAAGAAAAAACGAGAGAACUGGCACUGCAGAGGGAUGAGCUGGACAAGCUAAAACAGCAGUACCAAGCUCAGACAGAAGAACUGAUCGGUGUUAAAACCAGAGCAAAUGUCACUGAAAACCAGGUGGAGGCUCUGAAGAAAGAAGGAGAAGUGAAACGAGUGGCUUUCUCAGCGUCUUUGUUGGACUCUGGUUCAGGGAAUUCUGGUCCAUUUAACACAAACACUCUUCUGGUCUUCAGGCAUGUUGUUGCAAAUAUCGGAAAUGCCUACAACCCAAACACAGGGUUUUUCACAGCGCCAGUUAGAGGAACCUACCACUUUGAGUUCUAUGUAUUUGGUAUUGGACAUCCAUCACAUCCCACAGGUGCUUGGCUGGUCAAGAAUGGCGAACAUAUUUUCAUGGCUCAUGAACAUCAGACUAAUGGUGGAGCCAAAUGCUCUAAUGGAGUGACAUUGCUGUUAGAGGUUGGAGAUGUUGUGUUUUUACGUCAGAGUUCAAAUUCGAUAAUUCAUGAUAACCAAAAUCACCACACAACCUUCAGUGGUCAUCUGCUUUUCACCAUGUGAGAACCUAAUAGCCUGACUUUCUACAGCAAUAUUCACUGAGCUAAAUUUACUAUUUUGAUUUUUUUCUCUGUAGUUUUGUUGACAUUAAAAUGAUAAUUAGACCAAAGUAAUCUUUAUUAACUGUUAUGGUUUUACUUUUUGUUAAAAAAUAAUUUCCCUUAUAUAUAACUAUGCAGGCAUAACAAAAGACAAAAUGCUUUGUGUAUAAUAGGCUUUAUCACUGUAUAUUUAAAAGUCUCAUUUUUAAAACUAUUUUAAUUUAAUAUCUUUUAAAAUUAUUCAAAGGUGAAAUGUAGAUUUCUGUUUUCUCAUGCUUUUGUCAUUUUUAUACAGAAUAUCUUAGCCUGUUCUAUACCUUGCUUUAUGAGUUCUCUGAUUUGAUGUGAUUUAUUAAGUGACUUCCAUUUUGCGCACUAUAUUGUUCACAUCUGUUGUUUAAAAAUGUUAUUCUUUAAUAAAGGUUUGUAUAUUGCUC